UUGAACCCUCUCAAUACGUGAUUAUAGACAAUAAACAAAUCAGCUGUGAUUUAAUUUUUUACCUACUAAUUUACGAGCAGUUCUUUCAAUUUUCAUGUUUAACACGUCUUCUACAUAAUAGUGAUCGUUAGAUAGAUUAGUUGGUAGGUAGGUAUGAUUGAAUAAUGCAGUUUAACAUGAAAACUAGUAGCUUUGAGGUUGCAACUGUAUUUUUUUUCAACGCGAUUGUGAACACCAUCCUAAUAAGUGGAAUGGAUCGGAAUCUCUUAACAGAUCUAGGAAACGAUGUCAAACUCAGUAUCAUCGUAAUUCUAUUCGAAACCACUUUAUCAUCGAUUACAGUCGUAUUCAUUUACAAGAAACGAAAUUCAUGUACGAUCAUAGCUGCAAAAUAUUUCUUACUCGGAUGCAUGGUCGGACUAAUAUUACUCGAUAUGUUCUACAUUUACUCGAUCGUUAUGCAUUUGUACCAAAGAAACCUAAGUGAUGAAAAAAUCGAAGAAAAUAUCGAUUUGCACGAUUUUAAACUCAGUUUUUCUCUCAGCGUGCUAGGCACAUCGUUAAUCUGCUAUUUCGUUUGGAAAUUGUACGUCGUAGCUAAAACAGUUUCUUUUGCCAGUGAUAGAAAAAAUUUAAUACUUCCGACUAGUGGCAUCGAUGUUCAAGAAACUGUUUUGAUAAAUGAUCACGAAAACGUCCCACUUUCAUCUUCUCCUCCUUCCUACGAUCAAUGCUUAUUGAUGGAAUCCACUUCGAAGGAUUACGAAGCACCACCACCGUCAUAUGAUGAAGCAGUCAUAUGUUCAAGUAUUAAACAUCAAGAUGAAUAGAAAAAGUUUCUUAAUUCACUGAUGAAUUGAACUCGUGUAUUCUUUCACAAUUGUAUUUGAAUAGUUCCUAUAAUUUUAAAACAUUUUCAUACCUUUUGAAUUUUGUUAUUACAAACUUUUUAUAGUA